AUGUCAAGGGACUUUCUGGCUACUCUCGACACCUAUAACUCUAUGCACACCGACAUGAACAAGGGCCUGAACCUCUUGAUGGAUGUUUACCGCGACAAAAAUGACAAACUCAGAGAGUAUGACAAGCACUACACGGAAAUGUGGACCAAGCUCCAAGAGUAUGAAAAAAAGACUGAGCAUCUCGAAAACAAGAUCCGCUGCCUGGAAGCAAAGAACCGGGCUCUGAAUGACUCCCCCAACGCAUUUGCUUGCCUAAUCAUUGAUGGCGACGGAGCGUUGUUCCAUGACGAGUACAUAAUCGAAGGCGAGGAGGGUGGCCGCGAGGCUGCCCAUAAGCUUCAUUCAGCGCUCAAGACAUUCCUGGAAUCGGCCAAUAUGGAAGAUCAUAUCAAAUUCAUCGUGGUCAAGAUAUACCUGAACGUGGAAGGUCUCACCAGAGCCUUGAUGGAGUCCGGUAUCAUACAUGAGGACGAUAAGCUCACAAAGUUUGGUCGCGGGUUUUGCCAAGCUCAGCCCUUCUUUGAGUUUAUCGAUGUCGGCCACGGAAAGGAAAAGGCAGAUCUCAAGGCCACAAAGCACUUUGAACUCAUGGUGAACCUGAAGGAUUGCAAGCGCGUGAUGCUGGCUGGAUGUCAUGACAAUGGCUAUGCCACGUCUCUUGAGGAGUACAGCAGAUGGGCAACUGACAAAAUCACCCUCGUGGAGACGACCCCCGCCGCAAACGGUAUUGCAAAACUGAAGCAACAUUUUAACUUUCAACAAUUUCCAGACAUUUUUCGCUCCGAGCCUCUCUGCCUUAGGAAGCGCAGCCAACAGAGCCGCAGCACCAUCACCGCCUUCGGCAGCAUCGAGCCAUUUCCUAGCCCUUUGUCAACUUGUGUCGCUUACCCAUCAGCCGUUCAGUUCAAUGGCGGUCCUUCAUCAGCCGCUCUCACGAAGAGGCCCAGCCCGCCUCAAGCUGCCGCUUUCAGUUUUGCAGCAUCCAAUUCAGGCGACUCUCAGAGUGAGGACAACCAAGCGCCAGAAGACAAGGACAGACAACCAGUCCUGAGCUAUGCCAAGGCUGCAGGCACCCAACCUGUGGGCUAUAUCAAAGUCGGUCGCCUGGCCAACAGCAACGACGUGUUGAUGGGCAAAUGCCGCAACCCACAACCCCCCAAGUAUGAGAAGAUGUACUUCUUCCUCAACAAAGCCGAGCAGCGUGUCGAUUAUCCCUUGUGUAGAGCACCCGACACCAAAGUACGCGAAGAGAUUGAAGAGAGAACCAGGAAGAACCGCGCCAACUUUUGUAAUGGCUACCAUCUGAUCAAUCGAUGCAAGCACUUGGCUGAGAACAAUCACGGUCCUUGCGAUUAUACCCAUGGCGAACCGCUGAGUAAGGAGGCGAAAAAGUAUCUCUGGUACAAAGCAAGAAGUGUGGUUUGCAAGAACGGAAGUGAUUGCAGAGAGGAUUAUUGCCUUGCCGGUCAUCACUGUGCCUGGGGGAAGGAUUGCCGGUAUAAAGAUGAUUGUCGGUUCAAAAAGAUGCACGGGGUAGAUCUUGAACGGUUCUAUGUUGUCCACGAGGGUGAUCCCUGCCCGAAGCCGAUUAGAAGGGUCUAG